UUCAAAAUGGCCGAAAAAUAUCGACCAAAAAAUAACAAUCUGCGAAAAUGAAGGAAAACUGAUAUUUUGCUUGAGUUUCAUUAAUGUAAACGUCUUUUGUUUAAUGAAACAUAAUGUAACAUUUCGCCUACAUUGUUGCCAAAUGAUUUUAAGCCCGUGUGAAUAUAUUGCACCGAACUAUUUCCAUAAUUGAAAUUGGAUCCACCAAUAAUUAUAGAAUAAUAAUAUUAUUAUUUAAUUAUUAAAACAAAAUAGGACAACAUUGAAAUAACAAAUGAUAAUGCAAAGCUUUUUUGGGUUUACAAUAAUUGAUUAUGGCUGACUGACAUUGAAAUGUGGUUUAUAUAUAGGCCUACGACUUACAGUAAUUGAUUUUAAAAUCUAGGCCUAUUAUUACCGGUACUAUAACUUUAUUUGAUAAUUUGGAAGUGGAAGUAAAAACUGGAAGGCUAGCUUCAAAAUGCAGGCUACACAUGAAAAUCAAACAGAAAAGUUGAUAGAUGAAACAUCUUGUGGUGCAUUUUGUCAACAUCCAGCAUGCUGGCAAUCCAAUCAACGCAGAGAAAAGGGAUUUCCUCUUAAAACUGAUGAGGAAUUUACACAAAGAAAACCAGUCACAGCAGGGACAUCCUUACCCGAAUUGGUAGUUUAUAAUUUAAUAGAAGAUUAUGGGGAAGAUUCAAGAGAUAGAUUUCCUGCUAAACACAGUGGUCAUUCAUCGGAACAAAGACCGGAACAAAGACAUGAACCAUUCCCAGCAUUAACCUUUCCAACCAAAGCUUUAGGGCAUUUAGCAUCAUCCCCGCUUCCUACACCCGAAUCAGUAGUAAAACCAGCUAAGAAGAAGUCUCCACCUAAAAUGAAAGUUGUUGAAGUUCAAGAAUUGUUUGAUGUUGAAGAUUUAGAGAGUCGCUGGGACGAAACAUUUAUAACUAAGCAGUGUUAUGUUUGGGUUCCCAGUCCUAACAGAAAACCUCCACCUGAACCAGACACAGAAUUAAAAAUGAUAACAGAUGGAACAAAAUCAGGAAGUCAACUAAUACGAACUAAAGAUGUCACAGAACAGUGUGUUCCAGAGGAAUUAGAGCGGGAAAGAGAGGAAUUGAGAAUGCCUUUUUAUACUUUUCCUGUAAUUAAAUAUAAGAAACGACAGUCAACAAGAUGUCGAUCACCGAUCAGUCGAGGUAGAAAUACAGGAAAAUCAUCAUCAUAUCCACACAGAUCAGCUUUUGAUUCAGAUGGAAUAAACGAUCUGCUGAGUUUACCAAGAGAUCUAUUGAUGCAGGUUUUAGAUCAUCUUAAAGAUAGUGAUUUAAUGUCUCAAGACAGAAUCAAUAAUGUUAUACAAGAUUUUCAACCUCCCUUAGUACGAGAUCUAACUGGCAUUUCCAUAGGAACAGCAGAGGCAUUGCAGCAGAAGAAAAUGGCACUAUUAAGAGAUAAAAAACGCAACAUUAGAGAGUCUCACUUAAUGGAAUCACGUCCAAUCUUCCAGCUUGAUGACGGUUUACUGAUUGAUCAUAUGAGUCGAGUAAAUACGCCUGGUAACGAGAGUGAUAUACAGUCUAGAGAAAUAUCAUUAUCCAUUCAAGGCUUCUCUAGACAUAAGAAACCUCUUCCUGCUAUACGUAGAUUAAAGGCUGUUGGUAGUGGUAAAAAGACUAGUAGUAAAAGUAAAGUGGCAUCUAUAUCACUUGGUCUACCUGAAUUACCCACGGGUAUCAAACAUACCAGACCUUUUACUUAUAAAAAAUCAGAUACAAUGGAUCUUAGUAUAGGACCAAUGCCAACACCACCAACUAGUGUACGUAGUUCUGUAACAGCAGGAUCAGAUCAUGGUACAACAAUGAAUGUUAAUCUCACUUCACCAACUGAUAGUUAUAGACAACAAGAACUAGAUGUGCGAAUACCUGCUACACCAGGGUCACCUUAUAAUCUACCCAAAGCUCCUGUGUGCACUCCCGCUACCAAUAAAGAUAGAUCAUUCAUCCGAGAUAAAACAGAAUCAUCAUUAAAGAACCUGGACUCCAGAGAUCAUGUUUUGGUUCCAGUUAAUUCUCCCAGCAACUCAGAGUGUGAAAAUCCAAAUGAUCAGAGUGGUCUUAAGACAAUACCAGAGAUGUCAGCCAGAGAAACAUUAGAGUCUUUAGUUAAUACAGAAAGACAGCAAUAUCGUGAAGUGACUGAUGUUCCUCCAGUACCAACCCCUCCUCCUUCCACUAUUGAAUAUCAACAGGAAGAUGGAACACUAACAAAAAUAAUACAGAAGCCUACUGAAUCAGUUGAAGAUACUGAAUCCCAAGCUAAAACUUACCUGGAACCAUGCAUAGAAAGUCCAGCAGUUGAAGGAUUUAUCAAUAAUGUUUCAACAUACUCCAGUCCAGAUCCAUGGCCUCAGGUCAAUGAAGCUUCUUAUGCCAAUAGUGAAGAAACUGAUCCUAAAGAUGAAAUUGUAAACUCAAGAUCUGACCUGCACAGUAGAGAAUCAGAACAAGACCUUUUGGUAAGAAAGCUUAUGGAUGAAAGGAUUAAAGGAACUUCCCCUGCUCCCCCUCCACCUUCACCAGAGGGCAAAGAGUUCGACAGAAUAUUGUCCUUAAAAGUAAUCUCCAGAGAAUCAGCUGCCAUGGAUCCUUUGAUGGAGGAAGAAAAUGAAGAAACUCCUCGGGGAGAGGAAAAUGAAUCAGAAAAGGAUACAUCUGAAGCACGGGUUGUCACAGUUUCUGAAGUUGGUCCCAAUCCACAUAGUUUAAUAAAGGAAAAAUCCUUCCAUAGUUUUGUUAAUGUGGACAUCCCUGCAGAAUCUGUUAGAGAUCAGGUGCAGUCUGAUGAUCCUGAACGCCCCAAGCUUGAAAGAACCGUGCAGUCUUUUGUUAGUAUUGAUAUACCAGCUGCCAAUAAGUUAGAUGUUAGUAUACUAGAUCCAGGUAGUCAAGAUGAACCAAAACUACCCCAAGUAUCUGGACCACCAACACCCGAUGAACAAACAGAGCAAGAAAAACAACCGGAGAAACAGCCAAAGAAUAAGGAAGCUUCAGCACAAGAUACUGGUGCCUCAGAAAUGAAAGAUGAAGAUGAAGAAGAAGAUAAUCAGCGUGGUACUGAAGACCCAGAUGGUACAAGUAAUUGAUAACUGAUGAGCUCUUGGGUUAAUAUAUAAGCUUAUAAUACUACCUGGGGCUUUGAAAAGACUUUAAAUUACAGAUCCCUCUCAAAUGCCAGAAUUAACAUAUUGAGACAAAGCUUAGGAAGAUGUAUUGGAACAAUAAGUCAGGAAUUUAUGGUUCUGGUGGAAUUCAUGGCUAACCUAUGGUUUUCAUUUUGCAUAACUUGAUCAUAGAUUGUAGUUAAGUUGUAAAGCAAUAAUGAUUGGUAUUAAUUUAGUGAUUUAGUUAAAUAUUUGUAUUUAAAAUAUUACAUGUAUAGAUAUGUGAAAUUAAGAAUGAUAUUUUUUUUAAAGAUGAAAGCUAUGCUGUGAUAUUAUUUUUAUAAACCAAAGUAUUUAUAAAUAUUUCUGUGUAAAAUAUU